ACGAAUGCGACGAUACGGACGGCCGUCGUGGCGGGUUUGCACUCGGCGCCGCGCUCACCGGAGCAGCUCGUUGGAGCAGAGCUGACGACGUAUCUCGUUGGAGCGAAACGGGUGGCAGACGAGCGGCGGAAGACGCCCGUGCCCGCCGUUCCUUCCUUCGGCACGUCGCUUCUCGCGCGUUCUCUCCUAGCGGGAGUCUCCGCGAGUACCUCCACGGAACACGACGCGUCCAGAAGGCGCACCGCCGGCCAACCGCGACAACAGGGGCUGUGACCUGCUUCCGCGCUGUAUCCUCGCAGCGGUCCGACGGCAGGCGGACGACCCGAAGGUGAGCGCGAACCCGCAGGUCCACGUCGUCGUCGGGUCGACCGGACGCCGAGGGGAGAGGAGAUCCCUGGCGACCCGAGGGAGAGAUUUUUCUUCGUUGCGGUUGACUCCAGCGACGCGACGAUUUUGGCGGCUGAAUGAGGCUGAUGGAACCCUUGGGUGUCGCUCAGGACAUCGUGGAGCCGGCUGUGCUGAAACGAUGGGCCGAUUAUCCCGUUCAACACCGGUACACGGACUACUCCGAGUCGAUGAGAGAGACGGCGCAUCACGCUAUAAGCCCUUUCCCUUGUCAGCCGUCGCUUAACAACAAGCUCGCGCUAUGGACUGGAGAUAUUUCGAUUUUACAAGUAGACGCGAUAGUGAACUCCACCAACGAGACAAUGGAUGAUAAUAGUCCCAUGUGCCAAAAAAUGUUUAGCCGAGCUGGUACUGCGCUCAAAAUAGAAAUAUAUAACGAUGUAAAAGAAUGCAGAACUGGCGAAGUAAGAGUAACACAGGGUCACGGAUUACCUGCUCGUUUUAUUAUUCAUACUGUUGGACCAGUUUAUAAUGUGAAGUAUCAAACAGCUGCGCAAAACACACUACAUUGUUGCUACAGAAACGUCCUGCAAAAGGUGAAAGAAAUGGGUUUGCGCACCAUCGCCCUGCCGGUAAUAAACUCGGUGCGAAGAAAUUAUCCUCCGGACGCAGGAGCUCACAUAGCUCUCAGGACCGUCCGUAGAUUCAUGGAGCAAUACAGUGACUCGUUAACGUGUAUUAUAUUUGUAUUGGAGCCGUGCGAUCUCGGGAUAUACGAGGUGCUUCUGCCGCUUUAUUUCCCGCGAAACCUGGCGGAGCAGGAUAACGCUUGUUGGCAGUUACCGAGCGACAUCGGCGGCCCUGACGGGGAACCUUUACUUCCGGAUAGGCAAAUUAGAAUUAUUGACAAUCCUCAGCACGCUUUGCACGGCGACGAAACGGUAGAACUCUCGGCGCAACUAGAGACCUCAGUGAAUAUCGGCGAGCACGCUUUCGCGCAGAUGCAAGGUGACUUGGACCGUCAGAGACUUCUGGGCGAAAGACCCCCUGCCGAUCCGUUGGCGGACAUAAUGUUCAAGCAAAUGCAGCAAAAAGAAAGUGUAACAGGGCCUGUUACCUUAUACCUCGCGCUUCAUACCGGCGAGAUUCAUAUGCCGAACGGAAAAAUGGGAAACCAAAGACUCGCGCAGGAAGAGACACGCGUUGACAGACCCAAGGCCGCGAGGUACGAGAGGCUCCUCAGGCGGGCGAAGACGGAGGACCUGACCGAGAUCUCGGGGAUCGGCUGCCUGUAUCAGAGUGGCGUGGACCGACAGGGUCGGCCGGUGAUCGUUUUCGUCGGCAAAUGGUUCCCAGCCAGCAAAAUCAAUUUGGACAAGGCCUUGCUAUACCUCAUACAAUUGUUGGAUCCAAUCGUGAAGGGUGACUACGUGAUCGCGUAUUUCCACACCCUCACGGCCAGCAGCAAUUACCCCAGUUUACAUUGGCUACGCGAAGUCUAUAAUGUGCUUCCCUAUAAAUACAAGAAGAACCUCAAGCAUUUCUACAUUAUCCAUCCUACCUUUUGGACCAAGAUGAUGACGUGGUGGUUUACGACCUUCAUGGCGCCAGCCAUCAAGCAAAAGGUUCACAAUUUGCCCGGAGUGGAGUAUCUCUACGAAGUAAUGUCGCCUGACCAACUCGAGAUUCCGGCGUACAUCACAGAAUAUGAUAUGACGAUAAACGGUCUGAGGUAUUACCAGCCGGAGCAAGUGUCAUCAGCGCCGUCGACGUCCACGUAACUCGCAGGUGAAAAGCGCGAUGAAGGCAGCGAAGCGUCAAGAACAAGGCCAGAUCGGGUGUUCCGCACGUUCGUGUUGUUGACUGUUCGUAUUUUUACGGUGGCACCGGUGCGCCACUUGAGUGUGCGAGCGAGCGUUUGCACGAGAUUCGUGUCCCGCCGCUUGUCAACGGCGGCGAUAAGGCGAGGAAUGCGACGCUGCAUAGAUACAUUAAGCCGUAUCUUGGAGAAGGCAGUACGGCCCCGCGUUACUCCCCCGAAGUCGAUUUGUCCAAGUGCCUCCGAGUGACGGACAGUUUAAGCAGGUUGAGGGAAGAGAUGCGAAGGGAUGAUCGGCCGUAUGUAUAGAAGAACAUGAACGCUACUAAUCAAGAAACCACUGCCCGCCUGCUUUCGACGUAGACCGGUUCUUCUCGAACUCGCGCGCAGACUCUCGCGUCCCCGAGGAAGCACGAGGAGAAGAUACGAACAAGAGAAAUAUAGCGGUGUUGCACACAAUCCGUGAUAAGAUGAGUUGGUAAUCGAGAGAAAGAGAGAGAGAGAGAGAGGAGAGGCCGAGGACCGACCGAUAUGCGUACUGCUCGAGGUGCUAAGCAGCGUGUACUCAUCUCAUCCCAUAAUAGAGCUAACAAACUACUAUUCGCUUAGAGCGAACAUUGGCUGCCAAAACAUCAGUAAUCAGUAUUUCCACCGCCGCCGCCACCGCCGCCGCCGCCGCCGCUGCCAUCGCCAUCGCCGUCGGCGUCGACGUCGUCGCCGCUUGCAAACACGAAAAAUCCAAGGCUAAAAUAUUAAUCUCGCCCCUGUACAUAUUACGCUAUUCGUGGCAGAUUAUUAGCUUAGUACUGCCUGUGAAAGCGGUAGAAAGGAUUAAAAAGGAUGGGGAAAAAAGAAGGAGAAAAAGGAGGGAAGUAUCUGACGACGCGUUGUUAGAAUAAACGUCGGCUUAAUACAGGACCGUCGAUCGCUUUCUGUUAUUUUCGUAUCGAUCGUUAUACAGCGAAGAGCGUCUACUACUUCAUUAUUGUAUAUUGUCAAUAUUUUAUUAAGCCACAUCGUUGACGAAGUUAUCGUGCCGCGUCUCGCCCGCGCUCGCGCACGCGGUAUUUUCGAGUAGGGAUUAAUUAACGACAGAUCGUCUCGGAAGCCACGAGAACGGAGAGCGGCUGGAUCUUACUGUGAUGUCCAUGUCUUCGGCGCUCGGCGAGUUCGAAUCAUAGAAAUAACGUUAAACCGCGCUCACACACGACCUGGUCGUCGUCCUCGUCGGCUUCGACGCGGAGAAACGCACGAGACGAUGUUUCGCGAUGUUAGACGUUCGACGCCGAGCGCCGAGGUCGCGUACGUACGGGACAGUCCUAGAUUAGAAGAAGCAAUAAACUUAAGAGCUUGCUCGCGAUGUAUUUCGGGAGGUAAAAAAAAAAGUCGUUAUCGCCCCCCCCCCUUUCCCAACCCUUCAUUCCUUCAUACGUCCCCUCCGCCCUCCUAUCCCCUCGCCCCGUUGUUAAGCGUUUUUAGCGAGUAAAGAGAUGAAUUAAAGGAAGUUGAAACCUGUUAAAUCGCGUCGAUUAGCCCAUUUCUCACGCCCGCCGAAUCGCGAACGUUCUCCCCUCUCCCUUUCCCCCUACCCUCCCGGCUAUGUCUGCACACAGAAAAAUACAAACUGCAUUCGGGUGAAUGUUUUUCAAGUGUUUCACAAGUUUGUAUAUCCGCGAGUCUAUAAGAAGUUCAUCGUGAGCGUCAAUUUUAAUCAAAAUAUACUCCGAAUCUUGAUCAAUUCAGUGAAGCAUUUCAAUGAAGAAUAUUAAAGCGAAGAAUGCAAGGACCAAUGAGAAAGCCAAUGCACGAAUAUUACAGUACAGUAAAUUCAACCGAUGCAGAUUAUCCACGGAAGUCAGGAUAUUAUUUGAUACAACUCAACAAUUUUCUUGCAAUGUGUGAUUUUGUACGACUUGCUGACGCUAUAUCUAUUUGAAUUUGAUAAACUUGACUUGUUAUCUGUCAUUGAGAAAGCCCCGAAUUGGGCCGAAAUUUGAGGUGGAUUAAAUGAUAUCCUGACUUUUGUAGAUAAUUUGCAUUGAUUGAAUUUAUUUCGCCAUUAUAGAAUCCGCAUUGACUGUAUUAACCUUGCAUUGAUUCUUAUUAGUCCUUGAUUUUAAUCGUGAGGAAAACUUCUUAGAGAUCAUUAAAUUAAGACGAACAUUAAAUUUAUUAAGAACAUUAAAUGUAAUUAAGAGAACAUUAAAUUAAAACGAUAAUUCGGUUUGCUUACUGCAAAGAGGGUGAAAGCAACUUCUUCUCUGAUAGUUUUAUUACAUUUUUACAAGGAGAACUAAUUCUUUUUUCAUAUACAUGAUGAUAAGCUUCUUUAAAAUUUAUGAUUUUAAAUAUUGAAAUUCGUUUUAAUUAGUGGUUAUUAUUUUAAAACUCAAGAGAAUAUUCUUUGUUAUUAUUUUAAAACUAUUAUCAAGAGAAUAUUCUUUGUUGGAGAUAACCGUCACGUGUGUGAAAGAGGAAAAGUGAACUGAGCAAUUAUUUUUCUCGGCGAUAGAAUAACAUUUUUCUGUGCGUAGCAGCGUCCUCCCCCGCCAGCCGCGCCUCUUCGCACCGCAAUACUAUUUGAUCUUUGGGUUAUUGAUUUUCGGCACGAUCGGGAGGAUCACUUCGUGCUUUUGAUCGACCGCGGACGAACUGAGAAGGCAAUGGGUUAAUUGACCAUGCUACCUCCGCCGAACGAUACGAUCAUCCGUGUUAUCGCGCGAAUGCAUAAGUGUUUAUACGCAUUGAGAGAUUUAGAGAGUUAUCGAAUUUAAUGAACAAAAAAAAUAGAGAAAAAAGAGAGAGAUAUAUAUACAUAUAUAUAUAUAUAUAUAUACAUACAUAAAUAUAUAAAAGAAAAAGUGCUACUCGCGCAACUGCCGUCGUUAUUCGCAGCGAUGGAGUAGUAUUUUUUCAUGUUACCUGUAUCUACGUGCGUUAUGGUUUGCAUAGACUUUUAAUACUGUUCGCACUGCGAAUAGUCGGAAAAUCCGGAAGAUCUCGCACUAUUCGGAGGGGCCAAUAGUAUCACGCGAAUGGCAUAAAACGAGAUAUUUUUCACCUUUGCGUUUAACGACCUCACUGUCCGUCCCUGACAAUCGUGUUUAAUAAGUAGCGAAGUGAACUUCAAGAACUGUCGCUCGAGGAUAUCGUUCAGAGAGAUCAUUGUUAUCGAUAUCUUACAUAAGCCAUUGUUAUUUUCAGAUUCCGCCGACGAUUCCUAUGCUAUGCGACCGCGAACGAAUGCCAAAAACCGCGAAACUGCGCGCGAUGAUUCAUUUCCUCGGAUACGGAUGAUGAUCUUUUCGUUUCGAUCUUCGAACAUGUCGUACUCCUCACCGUUCAACCUUUCGAGACACGCUCGUACACGACGUGAAUGAAAUUUAAGUGACGAAAACGACGAACAUCGAUUAAGAGGCGGUUCUAGUUUAGAUAAUCGAAAAAGUAACUUUCUACGAAUUUUUUUCAAAAAAAAUUAAUAAAGACAUCAAUGUAGAGUUUUAAUUAUUUAUCAUUUUUUUUUUAGAAGAAGAUUUUUACUUAGAAAGAGUUGAAAUUUCGUCGUCCAGAUUUUUCUGCUGAGCGCGUUGUCGUCGAACACAUCUAACUGGUAAAUAUGCUUGUGUUAUAAUUUGAAACAAGAUAGGACAGGGAAACUUAAAAACUGUGUUAAAUUUGCCGAAAGAUGAACUUUUAUUGUAUGCAGAAAUAUGAAUUUUAACAAAAUAACGUCACUUCAAAAUUACAUCAUUUUGUAUUCUUUUCUUUUUUUAUUUAAUGUCCUGGAAAAAAUUUGGAAACUUUUCAAAGAAUUAGAGAUUCAUCCUCCGGCAAAUUUAAUACAAUUUUUAAGUUUCCUUGUUUCAUUAAUUUCAGAUUAUUACACAACUUGUAAUGUUGUCCACCAAUUAAAGGCGCUGCGCCCAGCACAAAAACUUGGGCGGAAUUUCAAUUUUUUAAAAUAAUUUUUUUUUAUAUUUACAAUGUUAAACAAUAUGACCAAAACUUUACAUUGAUAUCUUUAUUCCUUUCGUUGAAAAAAAUUUGUAAAAUCCUCUUAUUUUUUUCGGCUUUUUAAACUAGGAUCUUUUCCUGAGAUUUUGAUAAUUUGUUUACGUUGAACUGUUGACAGUUGAGUCUGUGUCGGCGUGUAGUCACUCGAGAAGAUAUUGGUAGAUUCUUAUAUAUAUUAUAAUACAAAUCAUCUCUCUCUUAAGGUCCUAAUCUAGUCCAAUCAUGUAUUGAUCUGCUGAGCAAGCUUGCUUUUUUUAGCCGAACACGCUUUUAUAGACCAACACACAUAAAAUUCAUCUUUAUUUCAUUGCAUCUUUCAUUUUCUUUCAUUUUUUCUUUAUAAAUUCGAGUCUUCCUGAAUUACGUCAAACAGAAGACUAAUUCUAAGAUUUCAUUUCGAUGCCUCAUUGUGAUCAUUUGACAAAAUGUGAAAUAAAUAAAAUAAAUGUAUAAUAUAAAUUAGAAAAUCUAAUAGUCCUAUUUGUGCUUAGUUAUCACACUCAUGUUCAUACAAAUUAUUGCAUAUUCAAAUUAAUCAAACUUUUCAACAUCCAGCUCUUUUUUGUCGGGAAGUAUACUAAUUAAAAAUAAAAAAAGAGAAAGUUAUUCCUAAUGGAUCACUCUGUCAACUCUGACAAUUUCCAUGGAAACCGCGAAUCAGCUAGACUAGGACCUUAAUAACCGGGAGAUUCAGCUCGGUAGUAUCGAUACUUUAAGACACACGGAAUGGCAGCGCAAUCUCGUCUUACAAGUAGCACCGCGAGUCGAGACGUUCUUUUCCACAUGUCCUACUUUAAAAGAAGUAGAGAAGCUAAAAAAAUCUAUUACUACUCCUUUAAAGGAAGAAGAAGAACAACAAUCCGUAAGAAGACUAUUACAACGUAAGAGAAUACAAGCCCGUGUUUUCUUGCCCGACUUUUUUUCCGUCGCGAUAGAAUAGCAAGUCGUUAUCGGCGAAUAUACUUUCUUACUUCCUGAGCUGUUCCGUACUUGUCAAGGUAGCGCUAAGAAUAGCAAUUACAUUUCCCUCCCCUCCGCACACAUUAAUUACUAUAUCUAUCGAGGAUUUUUAUUACGGGCCGCGCUGAUAUCGUUACGAUUUAUCUUAUCACAUCGACGAGUCUAUCGCUUUCUUACGUAAGGAAAAACAAUGUUUGUUUUAUACAUUCGAUUCUACCGAGGGAUCGUACGACUGUCAUGAAUAAGGCACCGCUUGCUACCGCAGCACCUCGCGUACAACUACUACCGUUCGUCGCUAUUACGACUUAAUACACAAGAAACUGAGGAAGGUGCGUAUGUGACUGCGAUCGGUGAGGAGCGAAUGUCGCGGCGCGAUCGAGCAGUCGGUAUUUCGCGAUCGCGCGUGCGCGUGUAAUUCAGUGAAAAGUGAGAAAAUUGCGCCAAGUAUCGACAUUCGGAUUUACUCCAAACUCGCGGAGUCGUCGUAACCAAAAACGUGUACUUUGCGACUGUCAAGUCAUGAUGAGCCUGGAUGUAUCUUUUGCGUGGCGAUUCGCGACGCACGUUGAGUUGCACAAGUAUCCCGUGAGCUGCGCAACCUCGUGAUUUUGUUAAACAAUACAGGGCCCGAUAGAUUUGUACUUAAGCGUAGACAACCGACGACGAGCUCCGCGCGUUGGCGCGAAACAUCAUUUAUCGUUUCCCUCUCGAUGUCGACGCACGACCUUUUAACAUGUGCACUUCUUUCCCCCCGACCCCGUUGUAUUCUUUGUUUUUUUAUAGAAUAAUAAACAUAUUAUUUCGAUAAAACCUA